CCAACCAACCAAAAAAAACCAGCCUUGGCUCUCUCGCUUGUUAUUUCGGAGUUCCCAUUCAUCGCAGGCCCCGCAUUUAUUCAAAAUUAAAAGCCAGCCAGCCAGAAUAAAAUCAGCCCGCCCAAGCGGCGCAUCACCUUUCCUCUGUCUCUGCCUCCCUUGCUGAGGACAGGAAACAUGCGCAGUUCGGUGGGAACUCUGCAAACCAAACAGGAAAAGCCACACGGGCCUCAUCCAGCGCUGAAAGGACCUCGGCCAGCACUCGCCUUGCCCGGCUGGGCUGUUUCAAGCCUCCCGGUGGGGCUGCUCUCGGGAGAAAGGUCAGGAUGGAGAAGGAAGGGGCGGACCCCAGGGACAACGGGUCCCUGGAGAAGCCCCCGCCGCUGGAGGAGGGUGCGAUCCUGCGCUACGAGGAACGGAUCAUGGACUUGCUGGUCACCGUCGCCCGGCUCCAUGGCCGGGCCGAGCACCUGCAGAAAGAAAAAGAGGCCAGGGAGGACGACGAAGUCUCCGAUUUUCGCUCCGAAUAUACGGCCAGCCUUCCCCGGUACUGCUUUUUGCCCUUUCCCAACCCGGCCGUGAUCCUGGCCUCACCACCCCCUCCGGCUUCCCUUGGAGAAAGGCCCCCAGACCUGUUUCUUGCUGUGCAGGAGGCGGUCACAUCCCUCGAGAACACAGUCUUCUCCCAUCGGAGCCGCAUCCCCAGCAUUGAAACUGAGCUAGAGGGAUACAUCCAGGCGACUGAGGGCCUGGAAGAAAGUCUGAGGAAGUGCCAACAGGGUGACCAUGCACUGUUGACGGGGGAGCUCAAUCAGGAACCCAGGAUGUCAGGAUCUGGGCCGCCAGAUUUCCUGGCGGAGGACACGAGCGUCUACGAGAGAGAAAUGGCCCUGUAUAAAGAGAGGAAUGCGACCCUCUGGCUUGAGCUGGCCGGCCGGAAGGAGGAGCUGAGGAAGUCGAAAGAGAUGCUCCGUGCUUACCAAGAAGAAAGAGACAAGCUUCAGAGGAAGAUCAAGGAACUCCAAAUAUCUCUCUCCGAAGUGGAGACGCUCAUGGAUGGUGCUGGGGAACGAGACCCGGGGGCGUUUUGCACCGGCACCCCUGUUCUCCCCCAAAAACCUUCACCACUGGAGGAGACCCACGGGCCAGAUCCUGAGGCCCAAAUGGAGCAACUCCGGGGGUCCAUCGGGGCUCUGCAGAGCCUCAACCAGCUUCUCUCGGCGGCCUUGCAGGAGUCCAAGAGCGACACGGAGCAACUGAGCAUGCUUCUGGGCCGCCAGGAGUCCGACCACACCGCCCUGCGCUUGGCCGCACACUACAGCGCCUGCUGCUUGGAAGCCUAUGAGGAGCUCUGGGGGCUGAUGCUGGCAGAGCGGGGCCUUUCCACCCCAAGGGCAGGGGAGGAAGGAGAGCUGCUCCAUGCAGGGGCACCUGGGCCCCCCUGCCAGGAGACGAAGUCAGCAGCGAUGGACAGAGCCUGCCGGGCCUUGCCUGGCGGCCCCACCCAUAAGGAGGAGCUGCUGGGUGCAGGAGGGGUCCGCGCCGAGGAGAGGGGCCCGGGGACAGCAGAGAAGCGGGAUACUCUGCGUGGCUACAUCCAGCGCCUCCGGACAGAGCAGGCCGCCCUGAAGCUGCCCGCCCCGCCCCGGCCUCCCGCCCCAGCCUCCAUGGCCGCUAGAAUCUGCACGGCCAUCGGGGCCAAGGUCGCGGCGGUCCAGAGGGCAUCGAGAGGCACCCUUCCUGCCGCAGCCAGGACCCAGACAGGGCCUCAGCGGCUGCAGGAGCUGCAGGCCACCAGGGAGGCUCUGGGCAACCUACAUACCCGGCUACACCUGACCGAAAAGGAGAAGCAAAGCCUGGAGCUGCCGCUUUAUACUUACUGGGCGCAAGAAGCCGCCUUCCGGCUGAUGGUCCGGAUCCUGGAAGAGGAGCGUGAUGAGCUUCGGGGCCAAGGCUCGCCUGCCUCUGCAUCCUCCUCCUCUUCCUCCUCCAGCAGUGGAAACAGCGACUCAGAGGAAUACGGGCCCAUCAGUGGGGCGAAAAGAUGCGUUUCUGGCCCAGCCAACGAUCCCGAAAGAACAGGACCGAAUCGAGGGCCAGAGACACGGAUUCUGGAACUGCUUAAUGUUCUGGCCCGGAACCAAGAGCUGAAGGCACAGAUCCAGUCGCUCUUUGGGGAACUGGAGGAGAGAAGCCAGGAGAGUCAGGCUCAGGGAGUUCAACAGGUGGAGCUGACCCGGGAUUUUUUCAAAGCCCACAGAGCCCUGGUCCUCACUUACCUGGACGCCCGGAAGAAACAGGAGACCCAGAUCAGCCGACUGGAGACGCAGAUGGGACUCAUGGGUCAGCGCCAGGCCGGACAGGUGGAAAGCCUGAAGCAGAUUCUCCGAGGGCUGGAGGGCAGAAAAGACGGGCGGGGGGACCCCCCAAAUGGCCAGCCUUCCUAAGGGAAAUCACCCCCCCAAAAAAAAACCCUCCUAAGAUCUCGGCAACUGGAGAUCCCAGCAUCACGAUUGGCCCAGGCAAGAGGAAAGCAAGGCUUAAAAAAUAUAUAAUUUCAGAUUUCUGGGGAAGCUAAUCGGGCCAUGCCCUCCACGGCUUGGUGAAUCCAGGAUCCGUCCAUUCCCGAGUUCCAGCUUGCCGCGUUUUCCUGCAUGCUUCCUUAGAUACCUUUUCCCUCUAUUUUAUUUAUUUUUUCAUUUUUAGGGCGGGUGGGUUCCUCCAGGUCUGUCAGCCGGGAUCAAAGGUGAAAGCCGGAGGUUUGAUCAAUAUCCAGCAGACAACGGAGAGGGUGACCCCUCAGACUCAUCCCAGAGUCCAGAAACAGGCAUAGGGGGGCCAAACAUAGAGACACCCCCCCAAAAAAACACACACCACUCCCUCCUCAGCCUGGCUUCCUUUCCUCUCCCACCCCCACCGCAGUUUGCCUCCCCCUUCAAGACUGAUUUAUUUUACGCUGAUUAUUAAACGGCCUGCCCCAAAGAGGGCUGCCAGCAAAGGUCAAGGGAGGGAGAUCAGGAUCGGAGGAUCAG